UUGACUGAUAAAAGCUGCUCGACGUUCGGCUGCUUCUGUCUGAGUUUCAACAGCAGCUGCGUGGAGCCGCUGCGCGUGCGUUUAGCCUGAGAUAGCCCGGUUUUUCAUGUAGUUUAGUUUGGAUUGUUGUCUCUGAAACGGUUUAAUAAUGGCGUCAGACUCCGUCAAACUCUCCAAGAACCUCUUACGCAUGAAGUUCAUGCAGAGAGGUCUGGACGCUGAGACGAAGAAGCAGCUGGAGGAAGAUGAGAAGAGGAUCAUCAGUGAUGAACACUGGUAUCUGGAUCUGCCAGAGCUGAAAGCUAAAGAGAACCUGAUCGUGGAGGAGAAGAGUUUCGGGCCCUGUGAGGAGCUCAGGUACGGACGCUUCUCCUUCAAAGGCUUCAACCCAGAAGUGGAGAAACUGAUGCUGUUGAUGAAUCCCAGAGAUGAGACGGAGACGAGAGACGAGGAAGACGUCAGCCGCAUGCAGACAGACGUCACAGAUGAAGAGAUGGCUCUCAGGUACGAGAGUUUGGUGGAAAGCAUGAAGAAGAAGUUUGCGAAGAAGCGCGAGAGAGCUGCGCCAGAAGAAGAAGAAGACGUGAACCACAACGCCGUGGAAACGACCACGAAGAGGAAGUUCCUGAAGCCGCAGGACUGAAGGACUCUGCUCAUUGGACGGUUUUUAGAGGGUUUUAAGUCUGCUUGGAUGUUAUACAUCCUGUUUUAUAGAGAGGUGUAUCUUUGACAUGACUCAGCGUUUUACAGUCUGUGCUGCAGCAUGACUCAGCGUUUUACAGUCUGUGCUGCAGCAUGACUCAGCGUUUUUACAGUCUGUGCUGCAGGAUGACUCAGCAUUUUUACAGUCUGUGCUGCAGGAUGACUCAGCGUUUUUACAGUCUGUGCUGCGGGAUGACUCAGCGUUUUUACAGUCUGUGCUGCAGGAUGACUCAGCGUUUUUACAGUCUGUGCUGCAGGAUGACUCAGUGUUUUUACAGUCUGUGCUGCAGGAUGACUCAGCGUUUUACAGUCUGUGCUGCAGGAUGACUCAGCGUUUUUAGUCUGUGCUGCAGGAUGACUCAGCGUUUUACAGUCUGCUGCAGGAUGACGUGUCAUUAAAUACACAGCUCAGUGGA